GCACAGCCGUAGAGGACAAUAACAUUGCUGAUUAAUUGUUCAAACACAAAUGGAUGAGUUCAGUUCCAACCAGGCUACAGAUUCACAUACCCUUCACUUGAAUUCCAAUUCCAACCAGGUUGCUGCUGACGAUGCUACCCAAACCCAAACCCAGAUCCGGAGCCAGUCUGCAGCUGGGGAUGGCAGCCAAGCGGAGAUCAUAACCAUGGAUGCAAGUUUGUACAAGGCCGCAGCAGAUGGUAACAUCCAUGCCCUCCAGCAAUUCCCGGAAGUUGAUCUUCAGAUACAGUCAAGCCCCAAAGAGAAUUCUGUCCUCCAUAUUGCAGCCCAAUUCGGUCAGCUUCGCUGUGUUAAAUGGAUGCUUGAGUUUGCUUGGUGUUCAUCGCUACUGCAUCGGCAAAAUCUGAAAGGGGACACUCCACUUCACCUUGCAGCAAGGGAAGGGCAUUUGCUGGUGCUGAGAGCUCUCAUGGAUGCUGCAAAACUGCUUCCCCUGGAUAUUGAAAGUGGGAUUGGAGCAGAAAAGGCGAUGCUGAGGUUGACCAAUAAAGGGGGCGACACAGCCUUGCAUGAGGCAGUCCGGUAUAAUCAUUCUGAGGUGGUCAAGUUCUUGAUUAUGGAAGAUCCAGAGUUCGCCUAUAGUGAAAAUAUUGAUGGUGGGACUCCUCUUUACAUGGCUGCAGAGAGGGGAUUUGGUAAAUUGGUUGAAAUAAUCAUAGACAACACUCGCACAUCCCCAGGUUACACUGGCUUCACCGGUAGAACCGUUUUACAUGCUGCUGUAAUUCAUAAUAACACAGAAAUGACAAAGAAGAUACUGGAAUGGAAGCCAGCACUGACAAAAGAAGUGGAUGAGAACGGAUGGUCUCCUCUUCACUAUGCUGCAUGCAGAGGCUGUAAUACAACAAUAAUAAGGCAAUUGUUAGACAAGUCAGAUAAGUCUGUACCCAACCUUAGGAUCAAAGAUGGCAACUUAACAGCCCUUCAUAUAGCGGCAAGGGAUGGGCGUAUGAAGAUAGUAGACAUACUGGCAUCACACUCUCCAGACUGUUGUGAGCAGGUUGAUGAUAAGGGAAAAUUUUUUUUCCAUUUUGCCAUGAUGAAAAAGAAGGCAUAUGCUUCUGGUGAUCUCUUAAGGAAUAGGUGGUUGAGAGUGACUGGACUUAUAAAUGAGAAAGAUGGUGAGGGAGACACUCCCUUGCACCCCCUCGCGUCUCACCAAGUUUUUGACCCCAAAUUUGUUGGUGAUGAUAAAGUGGACAGAAUGGCCUUCAACAAUCAGAGAUUCACAGCUAUGGACAUAUAUUCUAAGGCCAAGAACGCCAGCCUUGUAAUUCUCUUCCUCUAGCUAAAUUAAUUUCCUUUGUUUAUCAUUUUCUAACACUUGUCUUGUGUAGUA